CUGGCCGGUAUUCUUGCGCUUAGUCAAUAUGUUGAUGGCUCUGGAAUCUGUCCCUCAAAUCCAUUGACCCCUACGACAAGUUUGGGAGCCACUUUGAACUCUGACAAUAUGGCACAUCAAGACCGAGGCACUAAAGGCAAUAGUGCUGUUUGCCCUACUGAAGUCACAAAUGAUAAAAUAAAAAUCUUCGAAAAUCCUUUUGAAGAGACUUCCUUUUGCUCUCAUAGAUCUGCCAGCCUGCGAGCAGUAGAACUGGAGAAUGAGGGCCAACUGGACCUAGCCUGUGCAGCCUAUGAGCAUAGUCUUUGUCAGCUGCUAUCCUCCACCGUCCUUUUUGAAGAUCAGAAUGGGGCUCGAAUACAACAAGCCAGUUUGGAUGCCGCCAGGCUCACGCUAUACAUUGGCCUCUUUCGCUGUCAGCUACCUGAUCUGGCCCGUUUGCAUGGACUGGUUGACCGCGCUUCAGCUCUCAUCCAUCGCUUUUCCACCGACCUUGUGAUUGAUCCUUGCUCAUCCAGCAUUCCGCUAGUUUCACAUCAAAUUUCCAUUGACAGAAUUUCUGGAAUUCCUCGUUCUCCAGAUAGCCUCGUGUGUCCCCAGCGGAAGCGUAGAGCGCUUUUGCCUGAAACAAUAGGGGCAAGUAUGGAGGUCGAUGAAGAAGUUGAUAAGACAACCAACCCCUUGGUAACCGAAGAAGCUGCGGUGGAGAGUUCAACCCUUAAAUCCGACCCAGGCUCUGCCACUUGGUUUACACAGGCGAAUGCUAACCAAGUUGCCUGGUGUCGCCAAUUAAAUGCAUGCAGAGCAGAGGCGGCCCUCAGGCUGGCCGAUUGGGAUACCCUUGAGGAGGCUGUUUCCCUUGUACGUACUUCAGAAUAUUGA